GGUCAGUUUGGUGUGUUUACGUUCUCUCAGGAAGGAAGGAAGAAGUCACGCGUCCUUGAAGUGAACAAGCGUGCAAGGAAACAAAAUGUCGCUACAAGCUUCAGGAAUAAUCAAACCGGGGAUUAUCUCUGGACUCCGGGUCUCUAAAGAUCACCUGACCAUCGCGGUUCCUGUUGCAGUGGCCGCAGCUGUGGGAACAUACCUGCUCACCAGGUACCUCAGCAGCCGGAGUGACUCCAAAGGGAAGGUGAACCUGGAGGUCGACAAGGACAACACCAAGGUGGUGCACAGCUUUGAUAUCGAGGAUCUUGGCAAGAAGGCCGUCUACUGCCGCUGCUGGAGGUCCAAGAAGUUCCCAUACUGCGAUGGUGCUCACACCAAACACAACGAGGAGACAGGAGACAAUGUGGGUCCUCUGAUCAUCAAGAGGAAAGACGCCUGAGCGGCUGGUCAUCACCCUGCUGCUGCUGUUGUUUGAUUUUCCGAGAAACAGGGUGUGUGUGUGUGUGUGUGUGUGUGUGUGUGUGUGUGUGUAAUUUACAUCAUUCUUGUAUCAGAUCAGAUAAAGACCUCACAACAAAAUCAACUAUUAUCAUCAUUCACACUAGGGUUGUGUGACCCGAGACAUCAUAACGACAAGCGCUUAACAGACCGCAGUUCCUGUUUCUUUUUUCUGUCCUCAUCAACCAACUACACUACAAAUGAAUGUUUCACUGUUGAACCUCAACAGAUGUGUAAGCAGUAACAAGGACAAUUAGUAAUGAACCCUAACGUUUUCUUCAUGACAAAAAAGUCUUUGUUCCAGAUUCAUGAUUCGAGAUGUUGUACUAUAAUAGUAAUAGUAGUAAAUAACUUCUCAUGGAUAAGGUUUGGAUGGGUUUCUUCAAGGUUCUCCGGUUUUUAUCCAAGCUCCUAAAACCAUGCAGGUGGCUGAAUAUAAAAAAGCUAAGAUUAAUUGCCCCCCAAGUGUGAACAAGGUGCGACUGGUGCCCUGCUUUCCCAUGCAGAGAGUGUUCCUGCUUUGGAAUUAUCCAGUGUUCCUGGAUUCAUCUCCAACUUUGGGAAUGUUUAAAGUAACCUCUUGUUAAUGCAUUGCUUCAGGGAUUAAAGAUCAAAUCAAAUUACA